GAAAUGCCACAGUCUAGUGAAAAAUAUUACUUAUGUUGGUCGAAGAAUCCGUGUGCAUGGUUUACCUAUAGCAACGUGAGUUCUUUGCGUCAUUUUAUACGUAUUUAUAGGUAAAUGUAGUGUCCUAUGCACGCGUUCUAGCCAACCUGUUUCAGAACCGCUGUAGUUUAAUUUUUUUUUAAACCAAUUAGCAAUUUUACUCAACACUUCAGUUAAAUACCUACGUAAAUUGAUUAGUGAUCGGAUGUGCUCGCGUAGACCAAAAUGAAUAAGAUACGAUCGACUCUAUGGUUCAUGCUGUUCACCGGCGUCAUCGUGCACAUGUUAUGUUGCACCAGCUUGUACAUCGCUCUAACGUACAUGGCCAAGCCGGACCGGAAUUCAAACACCAAUGAAACGACUACUGUGGCUCUAUGUGUAAAAAAUGCCAUCGAUGCAGAAAAUUACAAUUCCACGUUGUCGCCUCUGGAUCACUCCGCCAACAUUACGCGAGGUGAAUUUGAAUGGACCUCCGACGAGGUGAAUGUUCUGAGAAGCAGUUUCACAUGGUUUAUGGGACCAGCCCAAUUGCUAGGUGGAAUGAUGUGCCAAAGAUAUGGUGGAAAAAUUACCUUCACUUUGUCAAACUUAAUAAUGGCUGUGGUUAGUUUAAUGAUACCAUUUGGAGCUGGACUCGGUAUCAAAGUCUUAAUUAUGCUCAGAGUACUACAGGGUAUUUUUGGGGGUGCAGCUAUAGGCAACUCAGCAAACAUGCUGAUAUCAAAGUGGGUGCCACCGAAUGAAAGAGGGAAAUUUUCAACUGUCAUGGCAGGUUUAUACACUGGAACUGCAUUUUCUUACUUUCUGCACGGUUGGGUGAUACAUUUAUUGGGAUGGAGAGCUGUGUUUUACGUAACCUCAGCUAUAGCCACAAUGUGGUGUGUGGCAUGGCAUUUCAUCAUUUACGAUAGUCCUCAAGAGCAUCCUUAUAUUUCUCCCGAAGAAGUGAAAUACAUUGAGAAAGAAAUAGGAAAUUCUAUUUCAAAAAAGAAGCUUCCUAUACCAUGGAGAGCUAUUCUGACAUCAACUCCUAUAAUAGUCAACACUUUAUGUCAAUUCGCUUCAAUGUGGACCAUAUUCACUUUCACACUUUACAUUCCAGCGUAUUUGACAGAAAUUCACGGAUUUGCAGCUCACAAAAUGGGUAUGCUGUCUAGUUUACCAUACAUUUUGGAAACCUUAUUCGCCAUAGUUUUUGGAUACUUGACAGAUUUCUUAUUACAUAGACACAUUCUCUCUAGAACAAAUACUAGAAAGUUUGCAGCUUUUUUCAAUACCAUAAUUGCGGGCUCGAUGUUCGCUGCGUUAGCUUUUGGUGGUUGUAACAGUGUGUACAUUUUAAGUUUAUUGACCUUGGCUGUGAUGCUACAUGGAGCCAGUCUGUCUGGCAUAGCUCCCAACGUUAUUGAUCUCAGUCCUAAUUUCUGCGCUAUUUUACACGGAAUACAAGGAUUCAUAACAUCAUCUGCCGGUUACCUGUCACCUCUAGUGAUCACUUUAAUAGCUCACAAAGGCAGAGGUAUCCGAGAAUGGAACAUGGUAUUCGUGAUUAUCGGAUGUAUUAACAUCGUUCCUGGCAUAUUAUUCAUGAUUUUCAGCCAAUCCGAAGUACAGCCUUGGAAUUACGCAACACAACAAACUGACGUAGAGAAACCGGACAAAAAACUAUUGAAAAAUCACGAAAAUGGAAACAAGAUGAUUUUCAAAUGAGCUCGCCCUCGAAAUCAGUGUAAAACAUUUAGAUAAUUUACCAAUUAAAACGAUAUUUAAUUCGAAUCAAAUUUCUACUCAGUUCUGAUAAGCAUGCGGAGACCGCCAUCCACUAUAUACUAUACGUAGAAUUAUUUGAAAACAUUUUUGUAAAAGUAGGUACAUAAUAUUUAUUGCACUCGAGAUAAUAUCCAAAAUUCGAUAAUCUAUAAAAGCCAUAACUCCAUACCUCAUUAGCUGGCUAAUUAGUCUUAUAAUUUCCUUUCAUUGCGUUCCUAAAAAUAAUGAAUUGAAAUUAUUUUGUAAAUACGAGUAGGUAUACCUAGUAAAUAAAAAACUAGUGAUUUGCGAAUCACGAUACGUUAACUUUGAAAGGGGAUAAGGGGAAGGGGGAUUUCUUGAAAUGAUUCCUACCUUUACAUAAGCGUUAUCUAGUCUUUUUAUGAAUAAUUGAAAUAUCUCUUAUCAAAUUUUCUAAAAGACCUUUUUUCAAUUUUUAAUUUUUUUUUUUCGUUUUUGAAGUACAUAAGGUACUUAAUGCAUUGAGUGAAACAAAUCACGAAAUCGUACAAUGUCUCUAUAAUGUGUAAUUAAAAAAAAAAAAUGCUGUCAUGUUUUAAGAUUACGUUUAUGUGAUAUUAAUUUUUUGUAUGUACAUUUUUUUUAAUCAGACCAAUUUUUUAAUUGGACCUAUGCUGUGUCUGUGUUAUGCUACAAUAAAUAUUUGUCUAAAUCACGUA